AAUUGGAACUACCUUUCCUAGUCCUAAAAAACAAAUAUGUACGGACAGUUGAGAAUUUCCGACAUGGAGGGACCCACUCAUUCCAUGGGCCGAUGAGGAUUUCUGACUCCAGUGGUCUUUCUUUUAGCUAACUUCUCAUGUAAGUAGAAACUUUGAUUAGGAAAGAGAGAAGAACCUCGUCUUGUUGAUGUCAUUCAACCAUUUAUAUUCCCACCUUAAUGUCAUAGCACCUUCCACUUUGCUUCUCUGACGACUCCUCGGUGAAGAUGCAGAGGAAAACCAUGAAACUUGAAUGAAUUCUCCGAAGAGGGACGAAGAAAUCUGGUUCUUGUUGGGUGAGAUUUUUGUUACCCAACUAGGGAUAAAUUUUUCUAUUCCCCUUCUUUGUGCUAGUUUCUCUGCUUUCUUUCCAUUCUUCACUUUCACACAGGCUCCUUCUCUUCACGAGGAAAUUAGCUAGCUCAAGCUUUUCAAACUGGGUGGUUUAAAGACUUAAAGGGUGCAAGAGUCAAGCUGCGGGUUCACAAUGGACGCACAUUUGGAUACCCAUUUUCUGUCAGAUCCCCUUCAUGAAGAGAGAUUUCCUUCUCCUAAAGUUGGGUUCAGAUUCCAUCCAACUGAUGAAGAAAUCGUUGGCUAUUACCUUAAGCACAAAAUGAAUGGCAAGGAUUCCCUUGUUAAUCAUAUUGUUGGCGAGAUUGAUCUCUGCCAGUGCGAGCCAUGGGAUAUACCUGACCGUUGCUUAAUAUCAUCAAAUGAUCAAGCUUGGUAUUUUUUCAGUCGCCCUGAUUACAAGUAUUCUAAUAGUAAACGAGCCAACAGAACAACGAGGGCUGGAUUCUGGAAAGUCACAGGAAAGAUACGCCAUAUCAAAGCUGAGGAGACAGGUAGGGAGAUUGGUAACAAGAGGAGUUUGGUGUUCUACAAGAAAGUCAGUGAUUCUAAGCCACUCAGGACCAGUUGGGUCAUACAUGAGUACCAAUCUACAAACAUCCUUCCCCACCAGAUGCAUUUUGUUCUCUGUAAAUUAAAGCAUAAAGCAGAUGAGACGAUUGAUCAUUCACUCCAGGAUGAAGGUGAACCAAUUCAACCUAUGGAUGCUGAGGUUGAUAAUCAGCGAGUUCAGACAGAUUCAGAGCAAGUUCAGCAAUCCCAUAUCUGCCCUACUGGGAUGAUUCCAGGACGACUGAAGUCACAGAUUCACUCACAUCAGCGUGUUUCUGACCGGCAUUUGCCACUGACCAGUUGCUUUGAUAAUCAACCUGAGGGGUUGGAUUUGCUUGAUAGUAGCAACGAUGAUGAGGAUCCUGUAAAGUUCGCAGAUUCAUGUCUUUCUCUGGACAAAUACUUCACUGAAAAAGAUGUAGAUCUCGUUGAGUUAAUUGAGUAUCAAUCUGGCCCAAGUGAGUCUUCCCAAAAAAUGAAAACCUCAAACUUGAAUGAUGAAGCUGCCAGAUCGGAAGAAUACCAGCAUAUGAGAACUUUUGUAUCAGGGAGGGGUUCAGCACAAGGAGACGAGCCUAUUUUUGGGGUAGGGGAGGGACCCAUCCCACUUUUUUCAAGCAGAGAAUCUAUAGACAAGCCUUUGGAAGAUUGGGAAUAUUGCUCGUAUGGGCGAUCUAUGGGUCUGGCUACAUGCUAUAGUCCUCCAGCGAUUAAGUCCAGCACAGUUUCUACUGUAAGCAAUAUAAGCUGCAGGUACAUGAAAAGCAAGGAACCUGCAAAGCCAUAUUGGAAUCUCAGACCAACUGGAUCAUCUUUCAAUGACUGGGAGGUUUCUUCCAUUUGCCCAGAUACUACUCCAUCAAUCAACAGAUCACAUUCCCUAUCAGUAUGUAUUGUUAAUGUACUUUUUGGUCUAGCCGUGUUCAUUUUGAUUGUCUGGGAAAUGCUGAUUCGUCACUGAGUCAUGCGACUCUCACCAGUUAUCACAAGCAGCAAACCUCAGCAGAAAUUUUUUGUUUUCUAUCAAGUACAACUGCGAACUUGGAGUCAAUAGGGACUUAAUAUUGUUUUGUUUAAUCACGUCCUCAGCCCGUUGAAUGGACAUAUAUGUUUACAUAGUUGCCAUCUGUUAAUUGGUGCCUGUUGGAUGUCAUCACUGGAUUAUGAAUCAAGCAUUUUCCAAGAUAUUGUUUUCAGGGUUCUCCACUUCCUUCUGCUGGUGAUUGCAUUUAUGAGUCCAGUUUGGAGAAGUGUGGUUGCUUUGUUUGAAUGGGGAUACAUUUUGUUCUGUUGAGGUGUUUGGUUGAUUGCUAUUUUUAUUUUUCAA